UGAGCGGAGGGCCGGCCGUCGAGCGCUCCGGCCAGCGAGCGGGGAUGAGCGGCUCUCUGGGCCGAGUGUCGGCGGCUCUGCUCCGCUGGGGGCGCGGUGCGAGCGGCGGUGGCCUGCUGGUCCCGGGCGUGCGGGCGGCGGGUUCGGACACCGGCGGCCGCUCAGCGGAGCAGCUGGACGCGCUGGUGAAGAAGGACAAGGUGGUGGUCUUCAUCAAGGGGACGCCGGAGCAGCCCCAGUGUGGCUUCAGCAACGCCGUGGUGCAGAUCCUGCGGCUGCACGGCGUGCGCGACUACGCGGCCUACAACGUGCUGGACGACCCCGAGCUACGGCAAGGCAUUAAAGACUACUCCAACUGGCCCACUAUCCCGCAGGUGUUCCUCAACGGGGAGUUUGUGGGUGGCUGCGACAUUCUCCUGCAGAUGCACCAGACUGGGGACCUGGUGGAAGAGCUGAAAAAGCUGGGCAUCUGCUCCGCCCUCUUGGAUGAAAAGCAAGAGCAAAAGUGAGGGCAGCGCAGGUGCUC